GAAACAACCCAGGUCCCAGAUCCAAAGAAGAGCAGCAGGAAGCAAACUCCAAACUUUUGUAGGCAGCAAAAUCAGCAGGAAAAAAUGUUAAUUUUUUACUUCAAAUAGUGGGGUUGUAAGUGUGCAUGAAUGAAACAGUGGACAGCACAGAAACUUAGUGAUGCCAUCUUUGAAGAGGAAAUCUGAAAGAAUGAAAUAGACUGAGGCCACAGCUUGGACCCUGGUGGGGGAAGGAAUCAAGCAAAGAUGGACAAGUUUCGGAUGAUCUUCCAGUUCUUCCAGUCCAACCAGGAGUCCUUCAUGAACGGCAUCUGUGGGAUCAUGGCCCUUGCCAGCACCCAGAUGUACUCAGCCUUUGAUUUCAACUGCCCCUGCCUGCCACAGUACAACCUGGCCUACGGGCUGGGCAUCCUCCUGGUGCCCCCCUUCAUCUUGUUCCUGCUGGGUUUUGUGCUGAACAACAACAUCUCCAUGCUGGCAGAGGAGUGGCGGCGGCCGCGGGGCCGGCGCGGGAAGGACGCGGCCGUGCUGCGCUACAUGUGCUGCUCCAUGGCACAGCGGGCCAUGAUCGCCCCCGUGGUGUGGCUCUCGGUGACACUGCUGGACGGCAAGUGCAUCACCUGUGCCUUCUGCACCUCGGUGCCCCUGGAGAGCCUGGGCAAUGCCAGCCACCCCCGCCUGUCCCAGGGGGAGGUACAGCGGGUGCUCGCCCGGAUCCCCUGCAAGGAGAUCUACACCGGGCAGCAGCUCAUCGCCAGUGAAGUGGCCGUCAGGUACCUGCGCUGCAUCUCACAGGCUCUGGGCUGGUGCUUUGUGCUGCUGAUGACCACUUUGGCUUUCUUGGUGAGAUCUCUUCGGCCCUGCUUCAGCCAGGCUGCCUUCCUGAAGAGCAGGUACUGGUCCCACUACAUCGACAUCGAGCGCAAGCUGUUCGACGAGACGUGUGCGGAGCACGCCAGGAGCUUUGCCAAAGUCUGCAUACAGCAGUUCUUUGAGGGCAUGAGCACGGACCUGGAGGCUGCUCGCUGCCACCUGCCCAGGAAAGCCCCUGCUGAUGCAGGGGAAGCUGCCGAGAAGCUCCUGGGCAUCACCGACCAGGGCACCAUGAACAUGGCCCUGAAGAGCUGGCACAGAUGCAAGCCCCCACUUCACCUCCACCCACCUGCCCAACCUACUGGAAACGGCUGGGCAGGAGAAGGGCAGCCCCCCACACACCCCUCUGCACCCCAAAAAGAGACAGCUGCCUACUACAGCUGGGUGUGAGGGCCACGGGGCUGGGCAGAGGCAGAAUCAUGUUUUUGUGAGAUGGGCUGCAGAGAGGGCAGAAGCCAGGGCACAGGCAAGGGCCAGUGCCACAGCAGCCGCAGGGGAACAGGCACCCAAAGGGCUCAGUGGGAUCCCAUCUGCUCUCACAUCCAGUCCCACAGCAUCGGUGAUCCAGGUAACAAGUUGUGUGCCAGGAAGGAUAAUUUUGGAAGGCUAUGAUGGACAAGCCCCAGGGAUGCUGAAGGGUGCAAUGUGGCAGCCAGACGUGCUGUGUGUCCCACACCACUGAGCACCAGGUUUGUGUUGUGGCAGUUGCCAAUACAGACACUACCAGAUGUGCAAAACUUCCUCUCUUUCAUGAUGUGCUCAGCAUUGAGCAGUGCAUGUGGGUUUAGGCAGUAUUAAAAAUUCCCCUGGUGGGGAAACAAGCUGAGAGUGCCCAUUUCUGCUGCCAAGUUGUGAAACCCUGAAAGACCACAUUACCCCUCCACAAACUACAUCCCCACAGACACAUGGCUCCCAAGCCAAGAAAAGCCUUAAAAUAAAUUUGACCAAAGCAAUGAGGUAGUGAAGAGACAUUCCACAUAGCCCUGUGUGACAGAAACAGGGUGGUUGGUGUUACGGGCACCAUUAAAUGAGGAUUCCACAGAGAUGCUCCUUGAGGGAAGUGUCCAGACAAGGACAGCAGCUAGCAUUCAGCAGCAGGGGGAUGGAGAGAGGGCCAGGCCAACACCCUGCCACAAAUCUGCCUCAGGACAAUUUGUUUUUACAAAUUUUCCUGUAUGUCUCCCUAACACAAACGCUGAUGUUAAAAACCCACCUGGAUGUUUGUUUAAGGAGCCAAAUGAAUAAUUCAGGUUUACCAUUCAAGCUCUGUGCUCAAACACCAGGAUUUAUAAAAGCUAUUUACUAAAGCUGUUGGUGUUUCUUUACUUGUAUGCAAUGAAAAGGACUGGAAGAGUCCCCAGGCCAAGCCUGAGGUGCUGAGGCUGUGUGAGUUGAAGAGUUUUGCCAGUGCUUGGCCACCAGCAGCAGCCAGCCCUGGCCCUCAGAGGAGAAGCCGGGAGGUCACCACCAACAUUACACAAUUCAGGGUGGCUGCCUGCUUCCACAGAAAGAGGGGAUGACAGGAUGCAAGCCCUUGAGGUGACCAUGGAAAUCACAGCCCAGAAGAGUGUUUCCCAGUGGCCCUGAUUUUAUUACAAAUAUGCAGAAGGCAGACCCCUUUUGAGGCAUGAGUUUUAGCCCUGCCACGUCCCUUCCAAGAUGUUCAUGCACUUGAAAUUUCUGCUGCGGUGUUCUUGUUCAAACAACUUAUUAUGAGUAACUGAAGUGACUGUCGUUUGCAUAAACCUUAAUUAUCAGUGUGCAACUCCACAGAGGCUUUGGGUAGAAGAGAACAAAGGACCAAAGUGAUGAGGAAAUUCUCCUGGCUGCUGUGAGAGCAUUUUAGCAAGCUCAUAGUCAAGGGCAGGCUGAAUCUGGCCAACUCCCAGGAGAAAGGAGCAUGACAUAGCUUUGUCAUCAAUCUUCACACCCAAACUUUAAUUAACGCACCUGCCCAGAAAUUAAU